GACGACAACUACAACUCAACCGCCUCUCGCUCUGCCUCACCCAUCAAACUCUCGCGCUUGGGCGUUAUUCGAUCUUAUAACGUCCGCAGACGCCUCAACCCAACAGCUUGACAUCAACGCACCAGUCUAUACGCCUCGCAAGUGCUUAUAGAAUCCUAUUGCUUUACUGCACGCAUCACAUAUCUCCCCUGCUUCACAAUGUCUCAACAAGCACGCCCUUCCUCCUCUACCCCAUCUUCCGACGCCUGGAAGUCCGGUCUGCGCCCACCACCAAAGGACGACCGCCCGCAGACCGAGGAUGUGACUGCUACAAAGGGGAUUGAGUGGGAUGACAUGCAUCUCCGCCGCGACCUACUCAUGGGCAUCUUCGAAGCCGGAUUCGAGCGGCCCUCCCCCAUUCAGGAAGAAGCAAUACCCAUCGCCCUCACCAAGCGCGACAUCCUCGCACGCGCAAAGAACGGCACAGGCAAGACUGCCGCCUUCGUUAUCCCCGCCCUGCAGCAGGUCGAUAUCAACAAAAACAAGAUACAGGCGCUGUUGCUCGUGCCGACACGCGAGCUGGCACUACAGACGUCGCAGGUGUGCAAAAUCCUCGGAAAGCACAUGGGCGUGCAGGUCAUGGUCACGACAGGCGGCACGACGCUCAAGGACGAUAUCAUUCGUCUUUCUGAAACCGUGCAUGUGCUCGUCGGCACGCCGGGUCGCAUCCUCGAUUUGUCCGGCAAGAACGUUGCGGAUCUUAGUGAAUGUCCGGUGUUUGUCAUGGACGAGGCCGACAAGCUGCUCUCGCCGGAGUUUGCUCCUGUGAUGGAACAGUUGCUGUCGUUUAUGCCAUCGGACCGUCAGGUUAUGUUGUUCAGUGCAACGUUCCCUAUGAUUGUAAAGGACUUCAAGGACAAGCACAUGAACUCGCCAUACGAGAUCAACCUCAUGGACGAACUCACUUUACGUGGAGUGACGCAGUAUUAUGCUUACGUGGAGGAACGGCAGAAGGUCCAUUGUUUGAACACCCUGUUCUCCAAGCUUCAAAUCAACCAAUCUAUCAUCUUCUGUAAUUCGACAAAUCGAGUGGAGCUUCUCGCAAAGAAAGUGACAGAACUCGGCUACUCAUGUUUCUAUUCCCAUGCGAAGAUGCUUCAGUCGCACCGCAACCGUGUCUUCCACGACUUCCGCAACGGCGUCUGCCGCAACCUCGUCUGCUCCGACCUCCUCACCCGAGGUAUCGACAUUCAGGCCGUGAAUGUCGUUAUCAACUUCGACUUCCCGAAGAACUCGGAAACCUACCUCCACCGCAUCGGCCGCUCCGGACGGUUCGGGCACCUGGGCCUUGCCAUUAACCUUGUAACGUACGAGGACCGGUUCAAUCUGUACAAGAUCGAACAGGAGCUUGGCACAGAGAUCCAACCCAUUCCCCAAUAUAUCGACAAGGGCUUGUACGUUGCACCUGGCGCCAUUUCGGCCGAGGAGUCAUCCAAGCAGCACAAGGGGAAGAAUAGCCAGAGUCAGGCGCACACUCCUACACAGUCGAUGCCUGCCCCUCAGCCCACGAUACCAGCGCAGCUCGUCUACUCGAGCACUCAGCCGGCGAAACAGAAUGGGACCACCACACCGCAGCCACAAGCUGCUCGUGCUGCGUAUCAGGCACAGCCUGCUCACCGUGGUGCUGUUCCCGUUGCACGAUGAGAGUCGGCAUCUGUUGAUGCUCGUGGUAGCUCCGUGGAGGUAUGCUGCUGAUGGUGAUGCUGGCAUCGUGAGGAGGUGUGGGGGGUGCGUCGAGGCGUUAUAAAGCUCAUCAAGACCAAUCCACGAAUCUGAUUUCUAUUCAAUGCGCUCACAAGGUUUCACUGCUCUUGGACUGGCUAUGUAUGAUAUAUUGGCUCGCAACCUCUGGGGACUGCAUUGUCGACACUACGCAUACCAUGAUAUACACCUCCAGCUGUGCGCACUGUGCCAUCUCUAUCUUUUCUGGCCGUUUAACUAGUUUAUCUCUCGUAUAAGGCUGCAUUUUUACUGCUCCUCUACUCUCAUUUUUUGCCACUGUCCAUGUUGUGGUAGACUGGAUAACUGUGUCGAUAGAAUGGAUGUCUGUGAUUGGUCUUGUAACUCGUGUUGGUCAUGAUCGCAGCUCGGCAGUGUAAGC